UUUUGAGCCAAGGUCACUGGUCAUUAUGUGCCUUACCACGUUACGCAACCAGUAUUAAGCUUAACUUUCUUUAGUAACAACUUGUAGUCGUUUUUCCUACUCAACCGAUAAUUGACUAUGAGCAGAUUUUCUCAGCUUGCUGCGGCUUCUGAUCUCCAAGAACAACUAUGGGACCUAAAAUUGAAUUCAGAGAUUCAGUCGGUAGACAAAAACAAGUGUUCAAAUUCAGUUAAAAAAUCAAAGAAAAAGUCUCGUACUUCUUCGAAGUGUUCGACAGAGUCUGUUCGGUCGCAUCACUCUAAUAUUGUUUUACAAGACAACGCAGAUAAAAUAAACUAUGAUGGUUUGUACAUUGAACCAUGCGGAUUUCGAAAUGUCAGAAAUUCUUGUUUCCUUAAUGCUUCCCUCCAACUCCUACUCAAUAUUCCAGCUCUAUGCUCAACUUUGUAUAAAUUUCGCGGGAUAUGCAUUUCUUCAUCUGAAUCUGUUUUGAAUGUUUCAAGCACUCAAGAAAAGAAAGCUCCUUUGACAGACCAACUAUUGGAAUUAAUUGGAAAGCUCAAUCCACAAGUAGUGAAGCAUAAAACCAUUGUGAAUAAUACUUCUCAAUAUUGCAAUGGUUAUAAUAACAAUAAUAAUAAUAAUGUUAAUACCGAUAAUAUUGUCAAUAAUGAAAGCAAAACAAAAGUAGAUGGCAAUUCGAAUGAUCCUAUUCCCUCAACUUAUAAACUAUCACAGCCAAAUGGUAUACAACCCUUUGUGUUAAAGCAUUUAAUUACACCGGACCCAGUGUUUAGACAAUUGCUUCAUAUGAAUACAGGUUUUCAAGAAGAUGCUGCUGAAUGCUUGACCUAUCUGCUUACACAAUUACAUGAAGAAAUGGGUUGUAUGGUAUCAGAUAAGAAUACAGAUGUACAUAAUAUGGGUGAAAUAGAUCAAAGUCAAAAUGAUUCAGAAUGGAUAGUUACUGGUCGAGCUGGGAAACAUUAUCCAGAAGCUAGAAAGAUCGAACUUGACGGUGGUCAAAGUCCUAUUGCUUCAUUAUUUUGUGGUACACUUGUAACACGUUUCAAUCUAGGCAAAUCCGAUAAUAAUUACAAUACUUAUAAUUAUUCAUCUAUGCAUAAUCAUGCCAAAAAAUCAGCUAUUAAAGAGCCUUUUUUUAUACUUCAUGUACCUAUUGACAAUCCUAUGGUUAAUUCUGUGGAAUCCGCUUUACGUUGUUUAGCUGAACUUGAAGAAAUUACUGAUUAUCAUAAUUCAUCAGAUUCUUUCAUGUCUUCAGUACGUCGUCGAUCUACCGUAGAUCGUCUUCCACCAUAUUUAAUGAUACAAUUAAAACGUUUUUACAAUGAAUCUAAAAUUAAAACUGUACAAAAUAUCAAUACAUCUGUAAAUCAAUUAAACUCAUCAGUCACAUCCAAAACCUCUUCUGUAAUUAUUCGUAAACAUUUGAAAUCAGUUAAUAUUCAAUCUAAACUUGUUAUACCAAAAGAACUUUUAAGUCAAGAAACACAUUUCAGCAAUACUGAACGUCAUUAUCAACUUCAAGCUGUAAUAUUUCAUGUUGGUGAAACAGUUGAAUCAGGUCAUUAUACAAUUGCUGUACGUAUAAAUCAUUCUUUAGAAAAAUCUAAAAACCCUACUAUUCCCAUGUUUAUGUAUUUCGAUGAUGAUCAUGCUUGUUUAUUAAAUAAUCCCGAAAGUAUCAAUCUCUUACUAACUACACAUCGUCCAUUAGACACAAGAAAUGGUACAUUUCUUCUGCUGAAAAAACAUGUUCCAUCAUCAUCAUCGACGUCAUCAUCAUCAUUAUCACCGUCAUUGUCUUCUCAUCAACAGCAUAAUGCAUUAUUAACCACCAAUAUUGUUAAUCAUCCACGUACACCGUAUAUUCUACUGUAUGCAUCACAAUUAACUGUUUAUUCAUAACCUCAAAUAAUUGACGAAAUGUACACAUGUCAUUUAUCAUCAUUCGAUCAUGCUAUGCUUUCUUGUAUGCGUGUGUGUGUGUGUGUUGGCAUUUCAAUUCUUCUUCUUACUAUUAUCAUUAUCAUUAUUAUUAUGCUCUGAUCUUGUCUAUUUCUUCAUGUGUUUAUAGUUUUAAAUUUUUCUAUUGUGUAAUUUGUUUGCUUUUCUUUUUUUCGUUUUUAAAAAAAAUU